CAAUUACAAAAUUUUCGGUCAAGCCAAUUUCUUUAUAAUCUAAAUUUCUGAAAUACCAAAGCUUUUCAUUCUGAAGAAAGAGAGAGGAAAAAACCGAAAAUGGAGAAUAUGUUAGGCCUUCUAAGACUUCAUGUGAUUAGAGGUGUUAAUCUCGCCAUUAGAGAUUCUAAGAGUAGCGAUCCUUACGUCAUUGUUCGAAUGGGUCAACAGAAAGUACGAACUCGUGUGGUGAAAAAGAAUUUGAAUCCAGAAUGGAACGAAGAUUUGACACUCUCUAUUUCUGAUCCAGUUCUUCCUAUCAAAAUCAUGGUUUACGAUAGGGACUGGUUCUCAAGAGAUGAUAAGAUGGGAGAUGCGUUUUUUCACAUUGAUCCAUUCCUUGAAGCCAUCAGGAUCCAAAACCAGUUCAGAGGACUCCCCGAAGGAACUAUUAAGAGUAAUCCAAACUUAAACUGUAUCUUUUAUUAA